AUGAUAUACUCCGAAUUCACAGAUAACACAACUGAUCCUGUUUUAUUUGAAACAUGGAAGCCAAAAAUUGCAAAGUACUUGAAAAAUUUAGAAGACAGUAUUGUAGUUGAAUAUUUGGCGCCAGCAGCAUUAGUUCCAGACGAUCUAGAUAAACCUUUCAAUGCCACCCUAGUUGCUGAUAAGGUAUUGUCCGAGAAAGAAUUGGAUAUUACUUCGAAAUCUGCGUGUUGUUUGGCCAAAGAAAUCUCCGAAGGAAAACUUUCUUCUCUUGAAACUUUCAAUGCGUUUGCCAGAAGAGCAAUUAUUGCCCAUCAGUUGACUAAUUGUGCUAUGGAAUUCUUCAUCGAUGAGGGGCGUGAAAGAGCAAAAGCUUUAGAUGCUUAUUUCAAAAAACAUGGUAAAACAGUUGGUCCGUUGCAUGGAUUACCAAUAUCCUUGAAAGAGCAUUAUAAUUACAAAGGUAGAGUGACCCAUGGAGCUUAUGUGUCACUUAUUGAAAAUGUGACUGAAUCACAUGCUACUACUGUUCAAAACCUUUAUGAUGCAGGUGCUGUGUUUUAUGUUAGAACUACAGAGCCUCAAAGCUUGAUGCAUUUGGAUUCAAUUAAUUUGAUAACAGGCCGUGGUAGAAAUCCUUAUAAUACUUCAUUAGGUCCGGGUGGCUCCUCUAGUGGUGAAGGAAUCAUCGUGCGUAUGGGAGGGUCUAGUAUGGGCGUGGGGACAGAUAUUGGAGGAUCGAUUAGGGCUCCUUCGGCAUUUUGCGGAUGCUGGGGUUUAAAGCCAACCCAAAAGAGAAUUUCGUUGAAAGGUUGUUCUACGACUAUCCCCGGGCAAGAAACCGUUUACUGUCUCAUGGGUCCCAUUUCUAGAUUUUCUGAAGAUUUGAGCUUUUGGAUGAAAAGCGUAAUCGAACAGAAACCUUGGAAAUUUGACUCAACAUUAGUUCCUCUCCCAUGGAGAGAAGUGCCGUUUCCAGAACCAAAAAAGCUUAGGGUUGCUAUAUCUCUUGAUGAUGGCAUUGUGCGUCCCCAUCCACCUAUCGAAAGAGGAUUGAAGUAUGUAAAGAAAAUUUUAGAAAAGAACGGUGUAGAAGUUGUCGAGAUUGACUUGCCAAGAACGUUAGAGGCUUUUGAGGUAGUAAAUAUGAUUUAUUCUGCAGAUAGCAAUAAGGGUCAGCUUGACGCCUUAGGAGCAUCAGGAGAACCUUUGACUCAUUUAACAAAAUGGGCAAUGGGUUAUGGAAAAGGCACUAAUCCAGUCAGUGUUUAUGAAUUAAGAGCACUUACUGCUACUAGAGACUCAAUUAGAGACGAUUACUUGGAAUUAAUGGAAAAAAAUGGCUUCGACUUUAUAUUGGGCCCCACUUAUGCUGGUGUUGCACCGGUUCCUGAUACCCUUCAUUAUUGGGGAUAUACUGCUUUGUGGAAUCUACUUGAUAUGCCAAAUGUCAUCUUCCCAACAGGGCUAUUCCAAGAUCCUUCCAUUGAUCUCGUUGAUGAGAAAUAUAUUCCCAGAAAUGACAUUGAGAAAUAUGAAUAUAAUUUGUACAAAGAUCCAGAAGUAUUUAGAGGAGCUCCAAUCAGUUUGCAGCUCACUGCUAGAAGAUAUGAUGAUGAAGAAUUGUGUAAAUUUGGUGAAUUUGUAGAUGAAUUGCUAAAAUCUUCAUAA